CUGGGAAUGCCAAAACACAUCCCUGAGCAGGGACCUGGAUCAGGGAAUGGAACAAGGUCCCGUGUGAGCCGCGGUGCUGCUGGUGGGAUGUGACAAAAGAUGUGAAAUCAAGGAGAGGAAAAUGAUGAUUCUGGAAUUUGGCUCUGGCUGUCAGGGGUGUCGAAAGGCGCCGGCAACGCCUCCUGGCCGGGCUAUAAAGAUCCCCGAAGGAGGGGAGCGAGCACUCGCUGCUGCUGCUGCUGCGCUGCCUCUCCUCGCACCUCCAGCCUCCAGCAUGAGCACCACUGUCCGGCAAUUCUCCUCCUCCACCUCCCUCAAGGGCUUCGGCAGCCUGGGGGGAGGCUCCAGCCGGCUCUCCUCCGUGCGGCUCGGCCCAGGAGGUUACCGGGCCCCCAGCGUGCACGGGGGCUCCGGCAGCUUCUCCGUCUCCUCCCGCACGGUCUCGGGGCUCGGCAGCGCCUUCGGGGGCGGCUUCUGCAGCAGCGCAGGAGGGGCCCUCGGAGGGGGCUUUGGAGGGGGAUUUGGAGGGGGAUUUGGAGGAUUUGGAGGAGGAGAUGGCGGCAGCGCCUUCGGGGGCGGCUUCUGCAGCAGCGCAGGAGGGGCCCUCGGAGGGGGCUUUGGAGGGGGAUUUGUAGGAGGAUUUGGAGGAGGAUUUGGAGGAUUUGGAGGAGGAGAUGGCAUCCUGCCGGCCGGGGAGAAGGAGACCAUGCAGAACCUCAACGACCGCCUGGCCACCUACCUGGACAAGGUGCGAGCCCUGGAGGAGGCCAACACCGACCUGGAGGUGAAGAUCAGGGAGUGGUACAAGAAGCAGGCGCCAGGUCCUGACCGUGACUACAGCCCCUACUACAGGACCAUCGAGGAGCUCAGGAACAAGAUUCUUUCUGCAACUGUUGAAAAUGCCAACAUCGUCCUGCAGAUCGACAAUGCCAGGCUGGCAGCAGACGACUUCCGAACCAAGUUUGAGUCGGAGCAGGCUCUGCGCCUGAGCGUCGAGGCCGACAUCAACGGCCUGCGCCGCGUCCUGGACGAGCUGACCCUGUCCAGAGCUGACCUGGAGAUGCAGAUCGAGAACCUGAAGGAGGAGCUGGCUUAUCUGAAGAAGAACCACGAGGAGGAAAUGACGGCCCUGCGCGGGCAGGUGGGUGGGGAGAUCAGCGUGGAGAUGGACGCUGCUCCCGGCAUCGACCUCACCAAGAUCCUGGCGGAGAUGCGGGAGCAGUACGAGAGCCUGGCCGAGAAGAACCGCAGGGACGCCGAGCAGUGGUUCUUCAGCAAGACGGAAGAGCUGAACCGGGAGGUGGCCAUCAACACGGAGCAGCUGCAGAGCGGCAAGACGGAGAUCACGGAGCUGCGGCGCACGAUCCAGAGCCUGGAGAUCGACCUGCAGUCCCAGCUCAGCACGAAAGCAGCGCUGGAGGGCACCCUGGCCGACACCGAGGCGCGCUACGGCACCCAGCUGGCCCAGCUGCAGAUGCUGAUCAGCAGCGUGGAGGAGCAGCUGGCCGAGCUGCGCUGUGACAUGGAGCGCCAGAACCACGAGUACAGGGCCCUGCUGGACGUCAAGUGCCGCCUGGAGCAGGAGAUCGCCACGUACCGCCGGCUGCUGGAGGGCGAGGACGCCCACAUCUCCUCCCAGUACUCCUCCGCCAUGUCCUCACACUCCGGCAGAGAUGUGAUGACAUCCUCCCGCCAGGUGCGCACCAUCGUGGAGGAGGUGCAGGAUGGGAAGGUGGUUUCCUCGCGGGAGCAGGUGGCACUCACCACCCGCUAGGACAGCAGGAAAGCAGCAAACUGAGCCAACAAGUGCCUGAAGCCAUGUGUGGUGGGGUUGUGUCCCAGAACGCUCCUUCACCUGCUCCUCCUGCCCUCAUUCCGUGCAGGUGUCUCUGGACACUUUUAAUAAAGCUUUUUCUCCUCGCUCGUGCAACUGCA